UCAUUCUUCUCACUAAUCUCAACCACUCUCACAGUCUCACUCAUAACUCUCACUCUCUCUCUCUCAACUAAGCCAUGGGGAAGGUCAAGAUCGGAAUCAACGGAUUUGGAAGAAUUGGACGUUUGGUUGCCAGGGUUGCUCUGCAGAGAGACGAUGUUGAACUCGUCGCUGUUAACGAUCCUUUCAUCACUACCGAUUACAUGACCUACAUGUUCAAGUAUGAUACAGUUCAUGGUCAGUGGAAGCAUCAUGAUAUCAAGGUUAAGGACUCUAAGACUCUUCUCUUUGGCGAGAAGGCUGUCACAGUCUUUGGUGUCAGGAACCCAGAGGAGAUCCCUUGGGGUGAGUGCGGAGCUGAUAUUGUUGUAGAGUCCACUGGAGUGUUCACUGACAAGGAAAAGGCUGCUGCUCACUUGAAGGGUGGUGCAAAGAAGGUCAUCAUCUCAGCCCCAAGCAAGGAUGCUCCCAUGUUUGUAGUGGGUGUCAACGAGCAUGAAUACAAGCCUGAGCUUAACAUCAUUUCCAACGCUAGCUGCACUACCAACUGCCUGGCUCCUCUUGCAAAGGUUAUUAAUGAUAGAUUUGGCAUUGUUGAGGGUCUCAUGACUACUGUUCACUCCAUCACUGCCACCCAGAAAACUGUUGAUGGGCCAUCUAGCAAGGACUGGAGAGGUGGAAGAGCUGCUUCCUUCAACAUUAUUCCUAGCAGCACAGGAGCUGCUAAGGCUGUUGGAAAAGUGUUGCCUGUAUUGAAUGGGAAAUUAACUGGAAUGGCUUUCCGUGUUCCUACCGUAGAUGUUUCAGUGGUUGACCUCACUGUGAGGCUGCAGAAGGGGGCAACCUAUGAUCAAAUUAAAGCUGCUAUCAAGGAGGAGUCUGAGGGGAAAUUGAAAGGAAUCUUGGGUUACACCGAGGAUGACGUGGUUUCCACUGACUUUAUUGGUGACAGCAGGUCAAGUAUUUUUGAUGCAAAGGCUGGAAUUGCUUUGAAUGAUAACUUUGUUAAGCUCGUGUCAUGGUAUGACAACGAGUGGGGUUACAGCUCACGUGUGGUUGACCUGAUUGUCCAUGUUGCAUCCAAGUGUGGUUGAUCUGAUUGUCCAUGUUGCAUCCAAGUGAAGACGGCAACGUCUUGUGAGUUUGUAGUUUGUGUUUUUCUCUGCAGCAGCUAUGCGAGUGUAUAAGGCAUGGGUGGUAAAUGGUGGCAAGUGAGAAUAAAAUGGUUUUUUUUCAAGAACUACUUAGUGGUGUUCAACCAAGUCCUAUCUCUAGAUGUGAAUUAGGACAAGUGUAAUGAUGGGUUAGGUCUUCACCUUUUCUCUUUGAGGAAGUGGUGUUUGAAUAUUACAUGCUUGCGUGUGUUUUGCAUUGUUAUAAUAUUCUGAAGAUUUAUUACUCGCUCCUUUCCCUAACCCGAUUCAUAAGUGUCAUUCAUGAGUUUAGCUUC